UUUCAUGUUAAAUUGUUUUCCAGGUACUUUCAUCAGAUUUCAUCAAUAAUCCAUGGAUGGUUUUUCUUUUGGUGCGCUUAUUAAGCGUACUUUUUAUCCAGACAUGGUUUGUUGCAGAUGAGUAUUGGCAAGCCACAGAAAUUGCUCAUCACAUGGCAUUUGGGUAUGGGUACCAGACAUGGGAAUGGCAACAUGGAAUUCGCAGCGCAGUGUAUCCUGCUAUUUUUGGUUUUAUGUACAAAGUAUUACACUUUGUGAAGCUUGACUAUCCAUUAUUAUUGGUAGAACUUCCUAGGGUGAUCCAUGCAGUGGCAUUUAGUAUAGGGGAUUAUCACACGUGGAAACUGUCGAAGGAGCUGUAUAGUAGAGACUCGGCAUCCUGGACAAUUAUUUGUUUAAUAUCAUCUUGGUUUUUGGAGUAUUGUGCUCCUCGAACCUUAACCUCUUCUGCUGAGACUGUGCUUACUUCUGUUGCAUUAUGUUACUAUCCAUGGAAGAAGAAACAAGAAAGUUAUAACGCUGGAUAUCUUUGGCUGGUGGGUGCUGCAUGUGUAAUUAGACCGACAGCUGCUAUUCUUUUCGUGCCUCUAUGUUUGGAGCACAUAUGGAAGUCACGCUGUAAACAGAAACUAGGUCUUCGAUAUUUCAUAAUUAUAGCAACUGUUCUACUCCUGAGUGUGGGAAUAGAUUCUUGGUAUUAUGGCCGUCUGGUUGUAGUUCCUUGGAGAUUUGCCCAUUUCAAUAUAGUGUCUGGAUUGUCCUCUCAUUAUGGAACCCACCCUUGGCACUGGUACUUAACUCAAGGAAUUCCUGCAACUCUAACUACGCAUCUUGUCCCAUUUCUCUUGGCUGUUGUGUAUUGCCCAGGACGACAUAAGGCUCUCUUACCUGUUUGCCUUUGGAGUGUUUUUGCUUACAGCUGCCUUAGUCACAAGGAGUUUCGUUUUCUUCUCCCUAUCUUACCAUUGUGCCUUUGUAUUGCCAGCGAUUAUAUUGCAUACGAGCUGUCAUCACAAUCCAAGAAAGCAGAAAAAAAUGUAGUAUGGAGGGCUAUGAUUAUCCUCAUUUUCUUGAUACUGCCUAAUGGUCUGGCUUUAGUUUAUCUGGGACUUGUACAUCAGAGAGGACCAUUAGAUGCUAUAAGUGUGCUAAGAAAAGAAAUUGCAUCUCAUAAGAAUCCCAGUGUAUUAUUUUUGAUGCCAUGUCACUCCACACCAUAUUACAGUCACUUGCAUAGAGAUGUACCACUCCGCUUCCUUACUUGUGAGCCCAAUCUGAAGUAUGAAGUCAACUAUACAGAUGAGGCGGACGUUUUUGAAAAAAAUCCACUUGAUUGGCUUUAUCAGGAAUAUGGCAUCACUGAACAUAAGUUGCUAAAUAGAAGAGAUGAAAGUUUAUCAAAGCACAGGAGCUUAGGUGAUAUAAAGCCUUUACCCACUCACAUAUUGUUAUUUGAUGUUUUACUAGAAAAAAUUGACAAAUUUCUUGAGGAACAUAAAUUUCAUUUAUGUCACAGAAUAUAUAAUUCUUUAGUUGUUGAUGGUAGAAGAAGCAAAUAUAUUCUUAUAUUCUGUAGGUGAUUAAUGUAAAUCAUUUGAAAAUAUAUUUGAUAUUUUUUGUACAGUAUUUGUAUUGUGUUAAAGUUCAGAUGCUGUAUACAGUGGACCCCCCGUAUUUGCGGACUCACGCAUUCGCAGAUUUCUCUCUGGAACAUUUCCCCCCCAUUAUGCGAGGAAAAUUCACCUAUUCGCUGUAUUUUUAUAUGAGAAAUAUCCACAAAUCCCUGUUUUUUUAUCAGUUUCAUCAUAAAAUGCACUUUUUGUGAUAAAACUAUAUUUAAAAAACCAGGUGUAAAAAUUUUUAUGAGGUUUAUCUUGAGUUUUACCUAACAAAGUAGGAGGUUUUAAGCAUUUUUAUAGGGGUAACAACUAUUUGCAGGUUCUAACUAUUCGGGGGCGUCUGGUACGCAUCCCUUGUGAAUACGGGUGGACCACUGUAGUCAGUUAAAGAGAAUUGCCUUAGUUUUUCAGAAUUUUUUUUCAGAACUUUUUAUUUUUUUUAUUUUUAUUACAGGGCAAAUAAAUCACACAAAUAUAGAAAAAGUAUUUCAGUUGCAAAAAUA